AGCUCACACAAAAAAAACCCUCUACAUCGCUAACCCUUGUUUCUUUUGUCUCCCCUAUCUUUUUUUCACUCUCUCUCUCUCUCACUCUCUCUCUCUCCCUCUCUCUCUCUCCCUCUCUCUUUUUCCCUCUCUGUUUGUUUUUGCACUGCACUCUGACCAGACCCGGGUCUCUCCUCCACAGCAGAGUUCAGCAAUUGCAACUACAAUGACUGCGGUGGCUUCUCUGCAGUAAGCAAACAAAGGUUAUGCUGCCCAAAAGCUGUCUGAGUCCCAGUGAGAAAGAGAAGGGCUAAAGCCAAAAAAAAAAAAAAAAAACCCCCAAUCCAAAUCAGCUUUCCGGAGCCUCUCCUCCAGCAGCAGCAGCAGCAGCAGCAGCAGCGGCGGACUCCACUGUGCAGAGCCAUGAGCAACCCCAGCGCUCCCAACCAGAUUACAGACGCCGUGGCAUCGGUUAUUCACAGCCCCGAGGCUUCAUCUGCCUCGUCAUUACAAGGGACUCCGCGCCCGAAGGAGGAAGAGGACGAUGGAGACCUGAACAAAGCUUUGGGAGUCCAGCGCUUCCAGCAGAUCCUCAGCCCCUCCGCCGUCGUUCCUGACGAGCAGCACCACAGCUACCAUGAGGAGGACAUCGAGUAUCACCGUCACUCCUCUCACCACAUCCACCGACCUCUGUCCAAACUGCCCCCCGAGGGACGAAGGAAGAGGAGCGGCAAGAAGAGGAGAAAGGACAAGGAUUCGAAAAGUAGCCACGCUCCCAGCAGCGGCCCCAUAGAGGAGGGAGAGGACGAAGAGGACGAGGAAGAGGAGGGGGGCACGGAGACGACCUCUGUGCCGUCUGAGUCCGAGAAAGUCAAAGAUGUGGAGUUCUUCGUUUCUGAUGAAGACCAAGUGGCCAAACGGGGGAAAGACAGCCCUCGAUCGGCCCGUGAUCUCGAUAUCGUACCUCAAUCUGGUUUGGCAACAGAAUCUGAAGAUGCAUCUUCAACCGAGCCGGCUUCAUCCCCGACGCUCUCCGCCUCUCCCCCGUCGGCUCCAGCUGAACACAUCCCGCUGGCCCGGGUCUCCUCCGCCGGCCGCAGCUACGACCUCCAAGAGCGCCGCCGAACGGGCAACAUGACGGGCGCCGAACAAGCCAAGUACCAGCGCAUCCCCACCGAUGAGAUCGAGGCGGAGACCCUCGCCUCCGCAGACCUGGACGGCAUCAAGAGUCACCGAUUCGAAGAUGUCCCCGGCGUGCGCAGACACCUGGUCAGAAAGAGCACCAAAGGACAAGUGGUGCACAUGGGCAAAGACCACAAAGAGCCCAGCACUCGCAACCGUAAGCAGGACCGCACCCCACAUGAGGUGUUUGUGGAGCUGAACGAGCUGACUAUGGACAAGAACCAGGAAAUGCAGUGGAAGGAGACGGCUCGAUGGAUCAAGUUUGAGGAGGACGUGGAGGAGGAGACGGACCGCUGGGGGAAACCUCACGUGGCUUCGCUUUCUUUCCGAAGUUUGCUGGAGCUCCGGAAAGCCAUCUCCCAUGGUGCGGUGCUGCUGGACCUGGACCAGAAGACCCUGCCUGGCAUCGCCCACCAGGUGGUAGAGCAGAUGAUUAUUUCUGAUCAGAUCAAAGCUGAGGACCGGUCCAACGUCCUGAGAGCCCUGCUGCUGAAACACAGUCACCCGAGCGAUGAGAAGGAGCACAGUAGCCCUUUCCCCAGAAACAUCUCAGCAGCCAGCCUCGGUAGUCUGAUAUCCCACCACCACAAUGCCAAUCACACCCAUCAGCCCGAGCCGUCUGUCACCGACCCCCUCAUGGGCACCGUCCACGUCGCCGGGGAAACGGAAACGCGUAUCGAAGUGGAGAAGAACGAGGUGCAGCAGAAGGAGCCGAUCAUGGUUCCAGGCAUGCAUCGAUCCAAGUCGAAACAUGAGCUGAAGCUGCUGGAGAAGAUCCCAGAAAACGCUGAAGCCACUGUUGUCCUUGUGGGCAGCGUGGACUUCCUGGAGCAGCCCACCAUGGCGUUUGUGCGGCUGCAGGAAGCCGUGGAGCUGGAGUCGGUCCUGGAGGUUCCCGUCCCCGUCAGGUUCCUGUUCGUUCUGCUCGGACCCCCAACGACCAGCAUGGACUACCACCAGAUAGGACGCUCCAUCUCCACGCUCAUGUCUGACAAGCAAUUCCAUGAAGCGGCCUACCUGGCGGACGACAGGCAGGAUCUGCUGAACGCCAUCAACAGCUUCCUGGACUGCAGCAUCGUGUUGCCGCCUUCAGAGAUGGGCGGCGACGAGCUGCUGCGCUCCGUAGCUCGCUUCCAGAGAGAGAUGCUGCGGAAGAGAGAGGAAGAGGAAGUCAAACUGUUGGCUAAAGAGCCCAAAAGCCUUGAAGAGAAAGUGGCUCUCCUCACACCUUCCAAAAAGUCAGACGACCCUUUGGAGCGAACCGGACGGCCCUUCGGCGGGUUGAUCCGAGACGUGCGACGCCGUUACCCGAAGUACCUCAGCGACUUCAAAGACGCCAUGAACAGUCAGUGCAUGGCUGCCGUCAUCUUUAUCUACUUUGCCGCCCUUUCUCCAGCCAUCACAUUCGGAGGCCUGCUGGGUGAGAAGACUGAAGGUCUGAUCGGUGUUUCGGAGCUGAUCGUGUCGACGUCGGUGCAGGGUGUGAUCUUCUGCCUGCUCGGAGCGCAGCCGUUACUGGUUGUUGGCUUUUCUGGACCCUUGUUGGUUUUUGAAGAAGCCUUUUAUAGUUUCUGCAAAUCGAACAACAUGGAGUACCUGACGGGCCGCGUCUGGAUCGGGUUUUGGCUCAUCAUCAUCGUCAUCAUCACGGUGGCCUUCGAGGGAAGCUUCCUGGUCCGCUUCGUGUCCCGAUUCACCCAGGAGAUCUUCUCCUUCCUCAUCUCCCUCAUCUUCAUCUGCGAGACCUUCAUCAAGCUCGUCAAGAUUUUUAAGGAUCACCCGUUGCAGCGCUGCAAGAUUAGCGCGGAUGACAACAGCACAGAUGCGGACAAUUCAGCGGAGAAUAUCACUGUGGUGCUUAGCAACAGCAGCGAGCCUGUGACGCUACAUGUCACCGGUGAACCCAACACUGCGCUGCUCUCUCUGGUGCUCAUGGCUUCAACGUUUUUCAUCGCUUUCUACCUGCGCAAGUUCAAGAACAGUGCUUUCUUUCCUGGAAGGCUUCGCAGGAUUAUUGGAGAUUUCGGUGUUCCCAUCGCCAUCCUCAUCAUGGUCCUGGUGGAUUACAGCAUAUCAGACACAUUCACACAAAAACUGAGCGUCCCCCGAGGUUUCUCCGUGACGAGCCCCAGUAAACGCGGCUGGAUCAUCAGUCCUCUGGGCAGCGACGGUGAAUUCCCCAUCUGGAUGAUGUUUGCUUGCUGUCUGCCCGCCUUGCUGGUGUUCAUCCUCAUCUUCAUGGAGACGCAGAUCACUACCCUGAUUGUGAGUAAGAAGGAGCGGAUGCUGGUGAAGGGAUCCGGUUUCCAUCUGGACCUGCUGCUGAUCGUGGUGCUCGGCGGCAGCUCGGCUCUCUUCGGCCUGCCGUGGAUGGCGGCCGCGACCGUCCGCUCGGUGACCCACGUCAACGCCCUCACUGUCAUGAGUAAGGCCGUCGCCCCCGGAGACAAGCCUCGCAUCCAGGAAGUGAAGGAGCAGAGGGUGACGGGGCUGCUGGUGGCCAUCAUGGUUGGUAUGUCCAUCGUGAUUGCCGACCUGCUGCGUAAAAUCCCCCUGGCCGUGCUUUUCGGUAUCUUCCUCUACAUGGGUGUGAUGUCUCUGAACGGUAUCCAGCUCACAGAGCGUAUGAUGCUGCUGCUAAUGCCACCAAAGUACCACCCGGACCACACCUACGUCCGCAAGGUCCGUACGCUGCGCAUGCACCUGUUCACGAUCAUCCAGGUGGUGUGUCUGGCUGCUCUCUGGGCCGUUAUGUCGACUCAGGCGUCGCUGGCCUUCCCCUUCGUCCUCAUCCUCACCGUCCCUGUGAAGAUGUUCCUGCUGCGCCGCAUCUUCACCACCAGAGAGAUAGCAUGUCUGGAUGCGGACGACGCAGAGCCGAAGUUCGACGAGCGCGAUUGUCACGACGAGUACUCGGAGAUGCACAUGCCCGUAUAACCCUCGUAUCACCACUUACCUCCUCUUCUUUUUAGUGGACACCAAAAUCCGUCACUCUACCAACCGAUGACGCCUGGGGAUCCGUCGACGUUUGAGCCCCUCGAACUUGAAAACACUCUCUGACGCCACAUCACUGUGCACAGCUGUUGUUGACCCUCCUCCUCCUCCUCCGCUUCUUCAUCAUCAUCACGAACGUUUGUCGCAGGUCAAAGGUCAAAAGGUUUCUCUAUAUAUAAGUUCUCUCACCAAUAAGAGCACAUUUAGGGGCUUUUAAAGUCGGUUAGCAGCACUUUGUGGCACAAACGAUGAACUUCAGAGGAGCUCAAACAGUCACUAUCAUGUGUUCAUUCAUCAUAUACCUUCUUUUUUUUUUUUUUUUUUUUUUUAAAACAUAUAUUUCAGGGGACAAGAGAUUCCAAAUCAAAUUAUGUGAUCUCGAGAUGGUAAUUAAUCAUGAUUACAGUAGAUAGAUGUGCAAACUGAUUCUUUUUUUUUUUUUUUUAUUUAGCCCUGAAAGGUUGCCGCUGAUUCACAUUGAAUAUGUGGAGGAUAUAUAUUGGAGACAUUCCUCAUAUAUAUAUUAACGUGCUGAGUUAUAUAUUGCUAAUUAAGUUUGUCGCUUUUUUUUUUUUCUUUUUCAUGUUUUUUGCUCUUUUUAAGCUCACCAAGCGCCUUAUGAAGGAAAUAAAAAGGUAUACCUAGAGGUGUUUUUUCCCCUCAUCCUGUCUGAUUUAUAGACAGCUGAUCACUUUACCCGCCUCCCGAAGCUCGUAGCACUUUUUAAAAAAACAAAAAUAAGACACCAAAUCUGAACAAUGACUGUAUUUUAUGUGAUCAUUUUAUCUGCUUAGUGUCUUCUCAUAGCCUUUAAAUAUCAAUACUGCUUUAGUUUGGACUAUUUGUGAUUGUUUUUUGGGUUUUUUUGGGGUUUUUUUAGCCUUUUUGUCCUCGAAAUGCAGCAUUUUUAGAUGAUAGUUGAGCCUUUAAAUCUUUAAAUCGAAAGUAUUUACCUGUAGUGACUUAAGUUCACCAGCAGAGGGAGAUAUCAGUCAUGAU